AGCCAGACCGCCGCCACCGCGGGCUGAAGCUAUACCAGCUGCCCUUCCCUCCCCAUCUUGCCUGGUACCAUUCGAUUACUGUCUUGCUCGUUAUAAUAGUGAAGAUACUAUCUGGUUUGAGCUUCUAUCAUGGCGACCAUAUCUACGUACUUGCGGAACUUCAAGGAGCCCACAAAAGAGCAGCAGACAGAGUUGUUUUUUGCGAUUCCUCCAGCACGGCCUGAUGCGCAGGGUGAGAAGGGUUUACAGAACCAGCUUGAGAAGAUGGAAAUCACUGCCAUCCUCUCGCUGCAGGGUGAAGAUGUGUAUCCAGGAAAGCUAUACCUUAUACCACCGUACCUCGCCUUCAUAGCGCAUGAUCGCAAGUCGACGCGGUUCACAAUCCCUUUGAGUACCAUCCGUCGUGUAGAGCGGCUCAAUGCGCGGGCAGGUGUCUACGCGCUCGGCCUCUCGGUGUGGCAUGACAUGAAGAUCGUUGUCCAGUUGACUUCAUUACGGCCCACCGCGGAUCUGUUCUGCUCGUUGCUCCGUGAUGCACUCAAGGCAGAACUGCAGCAAGGCAGGAUGAAGACGGUCAAGAACUUCGUCAAGACAUGCUACUCUGAGAUCCUCAUUGCUGCUGCUGAUAAUGAGGAGAAGGGCAUAGACGCUGUGAAGGCUGCUGAAGCUGCUGCUGCGGAUGCGGACUCGAUGUACCUUGGUGGUCUGGGGCUGAAGUUUAAGUUUCCUGGCGAUCCUAAGAAACUCCGUGAAGCAUCCAAAACUAAGUUGUGGAUGAGCUAUUUGAAGACACAUGGCCGUAAUCUCACCCUCCUUCGGUACCCUCAAUGCACGCGUCUGGUGCAGGUCGGUCUCCCGAAUAGACUGCGAGGGGAAAUGUGGGAAACAUUGUGCGGCUCUCUGUACCUCCGCUAUGAGAAUCCGGGUUUCUACGACCGCGUUCUGGAAGAGAAUACAGGACGAACGAACACCAGUACGGAGGAGAUAGAGAAGGACCUACAUCGCAGUCUUCCGGAGUACUCGGCAUAUCAAUCGGAAGAGGGUAUCGCAUCACUACGCCGAGUACUUCAAGCGUACUCUUUCAAGAACCCUGAAACAGGCUAUUGCCAGGCUAUGAACAUACUUGCAGCAGCAAUUUUGAUCUAUAUGUCCGAGGAGCAGGCAUUCUGGCUGCUGGAAGUGAUUUGUGACCGGCUGUUGCCUGGAUACUAUAGUCCGUCUAUGCAUGGGACACUACUGGAUCAACGUGUGUUCGAAUCACUUGUCCAUCGAUGUCUGCCCAUCAUCCACGACCACUUCCAGCAAGUCGACGUGCAGCUAUCGGUCGCAUCUUUACCUUGGUUUCUGAGUUUGUUCAUCAACAGCAUGCCCAUGGUAUUCGCGUUCCGAAUUAUUGAUUGCUUCUUCUGUAUGGGUCCGAGAGUUCUCUUCCAAGUAGGACUUGCUAUUCUGAAGAUCAAUGGAGAGAAUCUGUUGAAGAUACAAGACGAUGGCGGCUUUAUUCAGUUAAUGCGCGCAUACUUCGCUUCACUCGGCGAAUCUGCUCACCCAUACUCCACUGAUCCGCGAGCGCGGGCCAUAACGCGCUUCCAGGAGCUCCUGUUGGUCUCCUUCCGCGAAUUUGCUGUCAUCACAGACGACACUAUCCUCAGCGAGCGACGCAAGUACAGAUCAGAGAUCGUCAACAGCAUCGAAUCCUUCUCUAAGCGAUCAGCGAUUCGGAACCUUAAGUCUCUAGGACGCUUCACGAAGGAGCAGGCAGGUUUGGUGUACGACGCGCUCUUCAAGGCCGUAUGUAUCGUUCCUCCGCCAUCCAUGUCGCUCCCGCCGCCUUCCCUUCUGACGACGAAAGACGGUGCCGAGGAGCGUCCGGAGACGAGAAUAGGUUUGCGAACAUUCAGGGUGUUCCUCAGCGAAAUCUGUACGUGGGCACGAGAUGAGAAGAUCGUGUCAAACGGCUUCCAGCAAAGAGUAGACCGUGAAGUUCCUGAGCAUGAGCUUAUUGAUCGCCUAUUCUUCUUCUGGGACACGUCGUAUCGUGGUUCCCUUUCUUUCCAGGACUUGAUCUCUGGUUUAGACGGCGUGAUGUUUAACGAUCUUAUGGAGAAUAUCGAGUGGUUCUUCAAUUUGCAUGAUAAGAAUAAGGACGGGUUCCUUACGAAGGAUGAAGUUCUAACAUUAUCCGAGUCCCUCUUGUUCAUCUUCCGGUAUGAAGUUGGCGAUGCAUACCUGGGCGCGGUCAGUCGCUUCAUGUCGAACGCGUUCGAAUACGGCGAUGCUCUACUUCCCCGUCCCGAGGGUACCGACCCUUACGGCGAACCACCGCAAAUUGAGUCGAAUCAACCGUACAUAAAUCUUGCAACCUUCCGUAUGGUGGUGCUGGCAGAUGAGAUCCUGGAAUCCUUCUUCGAGGCCGAUUUCACCUCGACCUUCAGGCUAGAGCCAGUACCGUUAGACAUCCCGAAUUCCAAUGCCUCCUUGCUCGGCGGUAUAUGGUCCAACAUCACCAGCGACGACAACCGUAAGAUCUUCAACAGCGUUACGGACCAAAUCGGGAAGACGAUCGGGAAGCAUCAGGUGUACCAUCGUCCAGCAAUUGGAAAGUAUGCAUCCCUUGAGGAGCCGAAGGCGCGGGAGUCGCUGCUCACGCCGACCAUGCGCCACUCAACUUCCAAGGGUAGCCUCAAGACUGCAGACAGCUCGACCGAGGUGUCCGUGUCAUCGCCCACGUCUACGACUUUAACGGCAACGUCAUCUAACAUGAACAUCGAGCCGCCAGAAUCCUCGGUAUCCACUGAAUUCUCUCCUAUGCCGAACAUGAUCCAGGCUGCCGCGAAUGCCGCAGCAUAUAUGGAACGGACACCGUUUGCUAUUGAUGAUGCGAAGGAUGAAGAGGACGAUACCGAGGAUGAAAGCGGUAUGGAGGAGGACGAUAGUGUCAUGGAUGAGGUCGAUGCAUUCCUGGAGGAGCAUGACACAGGGUUGACUGAGGCUGAGCGAGAGCUCGCGAAGGACUUAAUGAACGCGGAGCCGGUGUAAGUUCAAGUGAACUGGUCAAUCUGUGGACACUCUAAGGAUGGUCGCAUGUAUUAUUCUCACUCAACCUUGUAUAGUAUCUAUAGCGCUCAUCACACAUCAUUCUAUGCACAUAACACUAUUUUAGAUGGGCACAGUGAUGCGAUGGGUACAGAUCAGAUGGAGGCAAGCAAUACUAAUGUUUGGCGCCACUACACCCGUAGCACAUUCCGGUAAAUUCGCAUUGCAACGAACUUACGGAUAGCGUAGAACGUAGAAGACUAGGAGAAAGACACUGAGUAGGCGAAAGGCUUAGAUAUGCUCUGAAAAGUGCUUUUGGCACGCCACAUGUAUUGGGGGUACACUGCUGGGUAUAUAUAUACACGAC